AUGGAGGCUGUUAUCGGAUUUGCUGUGAUCCUGCUUAUUCUCCAUUACCUCCAGAAAGGAUGCACUGACCCUGUUAUACCUUCUUUGCAAGCAACAUUUCCCCGUUUUUUUGCUAGCAGUUCGUCAGUCCUUUCAGUUGCUGAAAAGCUUUCAAACACGAAAAAAGAUAGCGUCCCUUACGAUGUGCGAAGUUAUUCGUCACGAAAUACCCAGACGUUAGGGGAGUUACUUGUUGGAUUUUUCAAAUUUUACUCAAAUUUUUCUUGGGAGAAUGUCAUCUCAAUUCGCACUGGGGAUUAUAUCCCAUUAAGUAACUAUAGUGAAGGCACAUGGAGAAAACCUCAAAUAAGAAUAGAAGAUCCUUAUCAGCGUGGCAACGUUACUAAAGCAGUUUACCAGAUCAGUGUUUCUUACAUGAUCAAGGAGGCUUUUGGGAAGGCUUCAAGGGAGUUAGAAAGAGAUCCAAGUUUGACCGCGAUCAUGUGA